AUGAAAUUCCAUUGGAAAGAACAAAGUAAAUAUGUUGCUGAAUACCACACCGAUACAGUUGAGUUUUGCUCAGAUGGGUCAAUGGCUCUGUGUGGCAGUUAUGAACUAAACAGUGAUACCCAAGAGCGUUUCGGUGGCUUACUGUUAUUCAGUCGAGUUUCAACUGAUUAUCAGUAUGUUUUAUCGAGUAAUAUAUCGUGUUCUGGUGUAUUAGAUAUAAGUUGGCUAAAUGGUAAUGUCGCAAUCGGUGCAUUGGCAAAUGGUUCAACAAAACUAUGGAACUGUACUAUUGAUGGUCCCUCGCUAAAUGAAUUAAUAGAUUUUCCAGUAUCUGAUCAUAUUCUACUAUCUGUCGAUACGAGUUCGGAUAGAUUUGUUUUCAGUGAUUCAGGUGGGAAUAUUAGUGUGUGGAAGAUCGACACAUCAUCCUGUUCAAAUCCUCAACCAAUUAAUAAGUGGCCUGGACAUGAGUUUGAAGCUUGGUGUGCAUGUUUAAAUAAAUGGAACAGUGAAAUAGUCUUCACAGGUAGUGAUGAUUCAAAAUGUUGUGUCUGGGAUCUACGUGAAGGAUGUAAAAAGCCGUUGAAUAUCAUCAGACAUAGUGUGGGUGUUUGCAGCAUUCAAAAUUAUCCUGACGUAGAUUAUUCCAUUUCUACCGGAAGUUACGAUGAUACUUUGUAUUUAUGGGAUUUACGUAUGAUUCAUUCUUCUGACAAGGUCACCAAUACUACCACUACUCCUUUACAGAAAUGUCAGUUCGAUGGUGGAGUUUGGCGUCAUAAAUGGGGUCCACAAAAUUAUGUUAUAGUCAGUGCAAUACAUGAUGGUUUCGCUGUUGCACAUCUACCAUUACGUUCACCUUUUAAUCACAAAGCAGAUGAAGAGGAUUCUGUAUAUAAAUUUCGUUCGACCAAUGGACAAUUAGCCUAUGGUAUUGACUGGUCAUUCAAUCAUAAAACUAACCAGUCGGAAAGUAAUUUUAUAAAAUCAACUGUAGUUUGUUGUUCAUUUUAUGACAAUACUAUAGAAUUCGGUGAACUUAUUAUUAAGUUAUAAAUCACUAUUUAUCUGAACUCAAUCAAAUAUUGUGUUUGUGUACAAAGUAAACUGAUAGCUGGGUAUUUGUAUUUAUAUUUCAUAUUAUUCUUUGUGUAUAGCUAUUCAUGUUAAUUAAUUGUUUUGUGUUCUGAUCUUAUACCAAAAGGUAUUUUAAUUUGUAAGUGUUGAAUGACUGUCCAAAUUUUAUGUGAAGUACAAAUGAUAUUUCAUAAGAAUUUAGUGAGUGGUGGGCUUGGCAAUUCUUGAAAUUAUCGGGACGAAUUUUAACUCGUUUCUAGCUAAUCAGCUAACAUUUGUUUCAGUUGAAUAGUUUAUAGGGAAGAACAAGAAUGUUAGGAAGAUUUUACAUAAUGAAUCUACUGAAGUCUUCCAUAGAUUUUUAAGAAAAAAUGACAAAGAUGUUUGUCUAUGGAAAAUCUGUCUUCCUGAGUUCUUGUAAGAACACAAAAGAGUUUCCCACAUUGUUCUUGGUUAGAGUUACGGAUUGGAUUUGUGUUGGAUUUCUGUCAGUCAGCCAUGUGGAACGAGAAUCUAACACAUCAGUGUAUUGGUUCAGGUUGCCACACCACAUUAGCAUAGCGAGAUAAAGUUAUCAAGAAAAAUUUCAGAGCAGAAGUAGUGGAAAAGAUCAGGUAUAGAAAAAGGAAGAAAAUAUAUAAGGAAAUUUUGGGAUUCAUGGACUGAGGGAAUAUAAAGAGUGAACACACCUGUGUCACUUCAAACAAUCCUGAACCAAGUCACACGAAGCCUCUAACCAUUGGUUACGAUAAUCACAUGAACCACAACCAAGUAGUCUGCAUCU